CCUGCCCCGCGAACCUGAUCCCAAGAUGGCGGCGCCCAGCGGAAGAAGGAGUGGCGGCGGCGGCGUGAGCUUGUGGGCCGCGCUGCUCUUGGCGGCCGUGGCGCUGAGGCCGGUGGAGACGGUGUCCGAGCCCACGACCGUGGCGUUUGACGUGCGGCCCGGCGGCGUGGUGCAUUCCUUCUCCCAGAACGUGGGCCCUGGGGACAAAUAUACCUGUGUGUUCACCUACGCAUCUCAAGGAGGGACCAAUGAGAAGUGGCAGAUGAGUCUGGGGACCAGCGAAGACCACCAGCACUUCACCUGCACCAUCUGGAGGCCCCAGGGCAAGUCCUACCUGUACUUCACGCAGUUCAAGGCGGAGGUGCGGGGCGCCGAGAUCGAGUAUGGCAUGGCCUACUCGAAAGCUGCUUUUGAAAGAGAGAGUGACGUUCCCCUGAAAAACGAGGAAUUUGAAGUGACCAAAACAGCAGUGUCCCACAGGCCUGGGGCCUUCAAGGCUGAGCUGUCCAAGCUGGUGAUCGUGGCCAAGGCGACACGCAGUGAGCUGUGACUGGGAGCCCCUUUGAAGGCGGCAUUCCCUCAUCUCCGCUGAAGGAGCUGGGCCCAAAGAGGGACCAGUACUUGUUUCUGGGGGGGGGGGGGGGGGGGGCGGUGUGGGGGGAGAGGCUGUUGAUUUUCUGCCUGGGCUGAUGUUGCCCUGUUCAGAGGGGUUCACAGGGCCGCUGAGGCCCUGGGGCAGAGUCCAGGGGGCCAGGACUGUCCGGCUCCCACCUUCCCCUCCCCUGAGGACUGUGGAUCUGAGACACACUGCUCUUCUCAUCAGAAGAGGCAUCAAAGCACAAGGUGGGGCUCACGGCUUUUCUGAAGCCAGCCACGUCUCCCCCAGGGUCGGCCCAGCUCUGGGAUGCUCCCAGGGAGAGCCAUCCUGCUGCCUCUGACUCAGAGCCUACUGUUUUCCUGGCUUCCCCCAGGGGACCAACUUUCAGACUAACUGGGCAGAAAUGAAAUGUUCUUUCGUAUUUAAAUAAAUCAGACAAUUAAAAAGCAGCCACACAGUCUUGGCAUCGGGCGCUGGUACCCCUCUGGCUGGGCACAUGGGGCUAGGGGGCCCCUACUUCCCUUCGCUGCUGGAGACGGGUGAGCCGUAUCACCCCGGGCCCAGGGAACCUCCUGGUGUGACUCUUCUGCAGUCCCAAGGCGGCUGGACCUCGCCGGAGCGCAUGGGGCCACGCCCAGCAGAUUGUGAGUGCUCUAGAGCAGACCCGCCCUCGUGCACGCCUGCUUAUUUUUUUUUUUUUGAGGCCGGAUUGCAGCUCGGGGACUUAAAAAAGAAAAACCACCCACAGGCAAACAAAAAUAAACAAAUGAAAUCCCCAAAUGCCUCAGCUACUCAGGGGAACCAGGUCUCCCAGCAGAGGGGCCUGGGAGCCUGACCCCCCACCCCACCCCCCACUGGACCGUCAGCCUGCCCUCUGACUGUGGGAAAGGAACCGUGUGGCGGUGAAGCGGGUCCUUGAGGAUCAGAAUCACCACAUCGGGUCGGCUGAGGCCUCUCCAUGCCUGUCCCUCAGCUGGCCCUCCCUCGUGCCACCAAGCCCGGUGCUGCGGGGACCCCGCCUGCCGGAGAAGCAGCUGGUGGAGGGCGAGGGGCCCUGCCCCAGGGCCGCAGCGGUGCCGGUGCAGGAGCGGCUCCAGAGGGAGGUACCAGCAAGAUGAACAGCGGCUCUCAGAACCAGUAACGACUGCGGGAGACCUCGGGCCCACGGCACGCGGGGGAGGAAGCUGCCGCCUCAGUGGUCAAGCGCAUGCAGUCUGCGCCACCUCGUGAGCGGCUGUGGAGGCACACACGGCCUCAGGGAGGCUCGCUGCACCCAGCACAGCGACCUGCAGGGCUCUGCAGGGCCCAGGGGACGACUGCCCAGGGCCUCCUGCCAAAACCAGGCAGCUGGACCCGGGCGGAGGCGACGGUGCACCCUGGGCCCUGAGGUGCCGGAGGGUCAGACCCCAGCCGAGCGGGGUACUGAUCCUUGUACGGUCAGCCUGGAAUCACUUACCACUUCCAAGUCCCUGGCGCCAGCAGGGAUGCAGAGCGGUAGGUGCAACAGGCUGGGACACGGCAGGGCAUCUCUGGACACAGAGAAGCUUCCCCUUUGCCCCAAGUGACGUGCACGUGUGCCUUUAUGGAGCUUUCUGGUGAGCGGAGCUGCCCGGCCUCAGGACCUCUGGUCGUGAUGAGGAGUUGAACCAAGUCCUGCUUGGGCUGCAGAAGCCAAGCUCUGCUAGUCUGUCAUCCAGCACAGCGGGAAUUAAACCUGCCAAUAGGG